GAUCAUAGCGCAUUAGAUUUCGCGUAGAAAGGGAAAUAACGACUCUCUAUAUAUUUGUGCACAAGAACGAAAUUCAUAAGUUGGGCAGAUAUGCAGUUGGAAAGACCGAGAAAACACUGGGUUUCAACAUUUCUGGAGACGAUUUCCGCCUUGUUCGUUGUUGGUUGCUUAUUCCGUACCGAGGAAAUCAUAGUAGGCCGACUAGAGGGAGUCAUAGCGGGAAACGACAACUGCGAGAUUGUGGGUAACUGGAAUUCGCCCCUUCCUUGGGAUAUCAAGGAAUUUGAAGACAGAUUACGCCCCGGUGAUAGACUGGAGUUCCAUCGCGGCGUGUACGAACACUGGGGUAUAUACGUCGGUGAAUACGAAGGGAUGAAACAUGCUGUCAUCCAUUUCGGUAUGUUCGAAGGAGGGUCUGCGUUCUCCAAAAAGAAGGCAUUCGGCAGUUCGUCUGCUGCCAGUCAAAAGCCCGAGAUACGAGCCGAUACGAUUGCGCAGAUUCUCGGAUCAUGUUCCAUGAAGGUGAGGAUCAACAACUCAAGAGACAAGGAAGUAGAGCCUUUGGAUCUAGACGUCAUCAUUGGAGUAGCAAAGAUAAUGCAUCGACAAAACACGCCGCGUGAGUACAGUCUUUUCAGCAACAACUGCGAGCACUUCGUGAAUCUGUGUCGAUACGGUGAACCCUAUAGUGCACAGGCUGUUGAAGCAGUACUGACAGUUGUGUUCCUGAGUUUGGGAGCCAUAAUUGCCUUCUGUGAAUUCAUAGGUUAG